AUGGCGACCAUCGCAGAUCCAGCACCGACGAAGAAACCAAGGAACAGCAGAAAGGCGUUGAAGCAGAAGAACGAGAUCGCCGAGACGCCGGCGUCGCCUGUCUCCGCCAAGGCGAAAUCAGCGAAGUCGUUCGAGCAAGAUCUGGUGGAGAUGCAGGCGAUGCUGGAGAAGAUGAAGAUCGAGAAGGAUAAGACGGAGGAGUUGCUUAAGGAGAAGGACGAGAUUCUGAGGAAGAAGGAGGAGGAGCUAGAGACGCGCGACGCUGAGCAGGAGAAGCUUAAGGUGGAGCUGAAAAAACUCCAGAAGAUGAAGGAAUUCAAACCUAACAUGACUUUCGCUUGCAGUCAAUCUCUCACACAGGCUGAGCAAGAAAAGAUGAACAAGAAGAAGAAAAAGGAUUGUCCUGAGACAAAGCGUCCAUCGUCGUCAUACGUUUUGUGGUGCAAGGAACAGUGGAAUGAAGUGAAGAAGGAGAACCCUGAGGCUGACUUCAAGGAGACUUCCAACAUUCUGGGUGCUAAAUGGAAGUCUCUAAGCGCAGAAGAUAAGAAGCCUUACGAGGAGAAGUACCAGGUGGAGAAGGAAGCUUACCUCCAGGUUGCUGCUAAAGAGAAACGCGAGAGAGAGGCCAUGAAGCUUCUUGAAGAUGAUCAGAAGCAGAAAAACGCCAUGGAGUUGCUUGAUCAGUAUCUCCAGUUUGUGCAGGAAUCUGAACAGGACAACAAGAAGAAGAACAAGAAGCAGAAGGAUCCUCUGAAGCCGAAACAUCCCAUCUCUGCCUUCCUGGUUUAUGCAAACGAUAGGAGAGCUGCUCUACGCGAAGAGAACAAGAGCGUUGUGGAGAUUGCAAAGAUGACCGGAGAAGAAUGGAAGAACUUGUCAGAUAAACAAAAGGCACCAUUCGAAGAGGUAUCGAAGAAGAACAAGGAGACAUACUUGCAAGCAAUGGAGGAAUACAAGAGGACUAAGGAAGAAGAAGCAAUGAGCCAGAAGAAAGAAGAAGACGAACUCUUGAAACUCCAUAAACAGGAAGCUCUCCAGCUGCUCAAGAAGAAGGAGAAAACAGAUAAUCUGAUUAAGAAGAAGAAAGAGAUUACCAAGAAGAAGAAGAACGAAAACGUUGACCCUAACAAACCCAAGAAGCCUGCUUCUUCCUACUUUCUCUUCAGCAAAGACGCCAGAAAGGCUUUGACAGAAGAACAACGUCCCGGGACAAGCAGCUCUACAGUUACUGCUCUAAUCUCAGUCAAAUGGAAGGAAUUGGGUGAAGAAGAGAAGCAAGUUUACAACGAGAAAGCUGCAAAGUUGAUGGAAGCAUACAAGAAGGAACUUGAAGAUUACAACAAGAAGACUGCGGCAACAACCAGUAGCUAG